AUGGUUGUUCCUAUUCUGAUCGCCUUGCCUGAUAGAGGUACCGAGCACCGCAAUGCUUUGCAACGUGAAAUCAUUCAUGCCAUCGAAAAAGACUCUGGAUACGGAAAAUGGGCCUUCUGGGACUCUUUUUGGUUUUAUCCAUACUACAAUCGCAGCUCCACGACGUUAACGCCAACACAGCUCUACGAGGUGCUGGACCAGGAGCUGAACCUCUUCUUCCCAGAAGAAGCAUUGAAUGACUUGCAAGCAUUGGAAUAUCCUACCCGAACCUUCCCACGUCUCAUCCGCCAACCGAUUAUUGCAACAUACUAUAAUGAGGCCGAGCAGUGGGAAGUCCAACAGCAACAGUGGGAUGCCGAGCGCAUAGCAGUCGUCGUCGAUGAUGAACGGCUACGAUACGUCAAAUUCUUCCAGGUGGAAUGGUUUGAUCUGUACCGGCGCGCUUGCCGUCGUCGUUUGAAAGCGGGCGCUUCGCUUAGCACGGAGCAGAUCGAGUCUGCAACGCGUUUUGGUAACAGCGACGAGGAAGACUUCACCGACGACGAAGGCAAGAACCCUCUAAAAAUGGGGCAGAACAGCAACGACGAUGGACAAGAAGAUGUAAAUCUGGCAUUAGGGCACAAAUAUGCCGCAUGGUUUCUGGGUAGGAAAACAGCGAAAUGGUGUCGAUUGCGAGGCAUCCUCGCGACUAGGAUCAAGCCAAACGAAGUCAGCUAUGCCGUUGUAAACCUGUCGCAGGCUAACAUGGACUUCGAAGAUUUUGUCGAAGACCCAGAAGUCACAGCGGAAUCGGAUAGGCUAAGUCCUCCUCUGCUGCCUCCCACGAGCGAAGAUGUACUCGAGAGGGAUCGGACUGAGUGA